ACCACCACCUGACGCAAGUGUUUCUGAGGGAGUGUUCGGCGCGGUGCUUGCCUUGGUUCCUGCAGUCGUGAACGGUAUUGUAGGGGAGUGCCGGCGUGGUAAAGUGAAGUGAAGAGAGUGAAUGAGAUGGUAGCGCGUGUGAAGACCCGAGACGCGGCCAAGAAGAGGGGAUUAGAGGCAGGUGUGGCGGUGGCCGGGAAGAUGCGUGGUGGUGGUGAAGCAGACAGUGGUGGUGGUGGUGGUGGUGACAUGGUGACGCUGGCUGCCGUGCUGAAGUGCAGGGGGACGCCGCUGAAGGAGGAAGAAACCUGGGCUUUUCUCGCCGCCACAGCCACCACCGUACAGGACGCCCUUCUGUCAGGGGAAGGCGUGCACGGCGUGGUGGUGUGUCCUGAUGGCCUGGCGCUGCGGAGGUGUGGGCGGGUGGAGCUGCUGCCCACCACCGCUGACGCCCACGCCCUCUUCCUGCCCCCCGUGGAGGAGCAGCAUGACGGGGAGCGGGUGCUGGUGUUCUCCCUUGGGCGAACCCUGUGGGAGGCUGCGGGGGCGGGGUGCGGGGGAGGCGGUGUGUCCCCCAGCCUGCGGUCCACCCUGGCGGCCAUGACACACUCGCUGCCCGCCCACCGUCUGGCUCUUGUUCACAUUUUCCAGCUGCUGGUGGAGCGGCUGGACACGAGAAAUGCGCUCAACUACACCGCCACCGUGCGAGCUCUGCACGAGGAGGCAUGUGGUGGCGUUGCCCCGCAGGCCCCGGCCCCGCGCUCCUUCGGGGAGACUCGGGGCAGGUCAUACUCGGCACUAGAGCCCCGCACCUCCUCUUCGAGGAACCUGAGCUGCGCCUCCGAGCACUCUGUCAGCGUGGAGGACCUGAGGGCAGCACACCUGUCGCUGCAGAGUGCGGUGCAUAAUCCAGACAGUUUGCCUCGGUCAGCCAGCAUUCUGGGGCAGAGCAGAGCGACCCCUCGCCCAGCGCCAAGGACAUCACUGCAUGAGGGACAGCACAUCUCAAAGGAAGCUGAGGAGAGGAGUCUAGUGAGGGCCAAGAGAACAUUUCAUUCUCUUGGGUCACUCAGCACUACCAAGGAAAACCUGCCACCUGCAACCAGCACUCCUACCACCACCAGCACUACCACAGCACACCACAUGAGCCCCAUCCAGGAGGCACCUCAGGGCAGGGUGGCGGAGCAAAAUGGCUCGGCAGGAAAAGCUUCGUGUGGUGUCGAGCCCAAGACAACCGUGACUGUGGGCCGGAGUGCCACAGUGGCCGGGGACAUCAAGGUGCAUGGCCAAGUGUGGUGAUGGAUGGAACAGUAACAAUAACAUCCUUAUUACUGGCUUUUGUUGUGGCACACGGAGAUGUCUUGACCCAGCCAUCCAUUGAGCGCUGGCUGUUUGUCAUUCGUCCAAGACAUAGAUCCUUAUUACCUGUGCUUGCUGUGGAACAUCUUCAUUCAUUCAUUCUUUGUUAUGGUGUUUGGUUUUAUAAGUUUGUGUAUUGGUAGUGGCCAGCUACUGUAUGGUUUCUUGUGGCAUGCUUUUUUUGCCUUGUGAAAUAAAAAAAACAGUUA